GCUCGGAGGUAGUCGCACGUGGAGAUUGACAGCGACAUUUGUUGGCUAAGAAAGUGUUCGUGUCAAGUGCAGGCAAGUACGCUUUGAUUCAAGAUUCUUUAUUUUGACAAUAUUGACCGAAAGCGAUGAGCAUUUUUUCUGAGGCUACGUGGGAACCCAAUGAAAUUGGUGAUUCAUUGAAUAAAGAGCUGUUUCGCAAGAAAAUAAAGAUAAAAAAUAAGAAAUUGAGAAAAUCGAAGAUUUCAAAGGGUUCACAGAAUUUACAGGUUAAAGAACAUGACAUUACCUGCGAUUCGAUGCAAAGUAUUGAGCACGUUGACGUUAAUAAGCAGAAGAAGAAAAAGAAGAGGAAAAAAGAUCGUAACGGAGACAGGAGUACCUUCAAUUCUGUGCAAACUAUCGAAAGUGUCAAAAUAAAUGAUCAAGGGAAAAAGAAGAAACGUAAAUUAUCAAAGUCUAAUGCAGAAGAGGUCCCUUCUAAAAUUAUAAAAAGUAAUGCUGUGAGUCAAGUUGAUCAGGAAAGUAAAAAUUAUGUACACAAGAAUGAGCUAUCGGAUGUAGUAAAUGAUAAAAUAAUUAAAAAAAAGGAGAAGAAGAAAAAGCAUUCCGAUAUGCAGUGUGAAAAUAUCCAGGAAUGCAACCCUACUGCAAGUAUGGUAAAAGAAAAAAGUCUGAAUAAGAAGAAGGUAAAAAAGACUGAAACUGUCUAUGAGAAAGAAAUCCCAAGUCGAAGCAAUUUUGUGAAAAAAGGAAAAGUAGAUGGUUAUAAAACUAAUCUAAAUAUAGAGAAAUUACGAAAAUUACUUGAAGAAAAAGAACAGAGUGAAGUAAAGGUCAAGAAAGCGAUUAUGAAACCGUUAUCCUUGAGAGAUCGUAUGAUGGCCCAGCUGAAAGCGUCUAGAUUCAGAUUUUUAAAUGAAAAGUUAUACAACAAUGAGAGUAAACAAUCUAAGGAGUACUUUAAAAGUAAUCCUGAGGAGUUUCUGGCUUAUCAUGAAGGUUACAGGCAUCAAGUUGAACAAUGGCCCAUAAAUCCCCUGGAUAUAAUUAUAUCUGCAAUAAAGAAAAUGCCCAGUGACCACGUGAUAGCAGACUUUGGAUGUGGGGAAGCAAAACUUGCAGAUUCGGUGCCUCAUAAAGUACACUCCUUAGAUCUAGUGUCAGUGAACGAUAAAGUCAAAGCCUGUGAUAUGGCUCACACACCAUUGUUGACUAAUGGAGUUAACGUUGUGGUUUUUUGUUUAUCACUUAUGGGAACUAAUCUAAGUGACUAUUUAUUAGAGGCCAAUAGAGUUCUUAAGAAAGAUGGAAUUUUGAAGAUAGCAGAAGUCGAAAGCAGAUUCGAUAACGUGGAACAUUUCACGAAAGAGCUAUCAAAUUAUGGGUUCAUCGAUACGUGGCAGGAUUUAUCUCAUGAUCUGUUCUACUUCAUGGAUUUUAAGAAGACUCGAGGCAAAAACUGAUGUGCGAGGCGUCGAUGUCGUCGGAGCCAUUGCGUGGAUGUCUUUGGUGGAAGUGGUACCAGAAGAAGAAUAACGAAGAUCGAAGAGUCGAAGAAGAGAGAGGAGAGGAAUCCGAGAUGGA